GGGAGACACAGAGGGAGGAAAAGCGAUGUAGAAAUGAUCUGAGCUGACAGAAUUGCCACAGGCUAACUUAUCCAGCAUUGAGUCACUCCUUCUCAGCGUCUGGCACAGAGCACAGGUUAAAAUGUGUUUUGAAAAUACCAACUGAGAGACGAGUUGAGUCUGACUGCCCCUCUCAAGAUCUCUCACAAUGAUUUGGAGAUUGAUUCAUUUCAGUGCUCUCCUGUUUGGAGCUCUCACAUCCCCGACUACACCUUCACCCGCCACCACUAACACUGAUGAAGGACCCUGUCAAAUUCACAAGUCUGGCCGGUUGGCAGACUGUCUGGGAAGACAGUUCAGCAGUGUUCCAUGGAGACAACUGCCAUCCACACUGGAAGAAAUUGAUCUCUCUUACAAUAAGCUUGAAGCUGUCCAAUCAGAUGACUUCCUUCAUCUACCUCGACUUCGCAUCCUUCUUCUGAGAUACAAUAACAUUUCACACAUUGAUAACGAUGCAUUUAAAAACAACAAGCUACUGGAGCAUCUUGACAUCUUCAAUAACUCCCUGCAGGAUAUUCCUGCCACAGCUCUGACACCUCUCUUGAAUCUAAAAAUUCUCUACAUGUCCAAUAACCUUUAUAGGCACGCCACUUUGGCUGAUAGCUUCUCCAGUUUUACCCAACUGCGGGUUCUAUCAAUGGGCGGACCUUUGGUGAUGGGUCUGAAGAAAGCAGAUUUUCAACCCCUGAAAAAUAUCAGGUUACAAGUUUUUGCUAUCAAGUGUUCCUCUAAUCUAAGUUACUAUGAGCCUGGAAGUCUAAAAGUUAUUCAGACAAGUCAGAUGGGCUUUGAUAUGGCCAUAGAUCAACGGCCAAAUGCUCUCUUCCACAUUCUACAUGACCUAGCCAACAAGACUUUUACAGACAUUCAGUUCCGCAACCUCUUUGAAUUCAUGUACUUCAUGGGUGAGGUUGAUAUUUUCCAAGGUUUAAAAUACAUCACAGCAAAUCAGCUCAUCUUUCACAGAGGUAAAUUCAAUGAGAAUCUACUGAGGAUGGCUUUAAUGAACUUACAAGUGGCCCCAAUCAAAAAGUUGAGACUCCAGUAUAUUGACUUUGCCCGUUCACCAACAUUUGUUGAUAGCGGAGCAGGUUCCAGCAUCACAGACUUGGCAUUGGAUAACCUGGACCUUUGGUAUAUCAGCAAUCCAGAUGUGCUGCGAUUUGACUGGCGUUUCACCUGGUUCAACAAAAUUAAGCACUUGUCUAUACAAUAUGUCUAUUUUAACUCCGUACCUUGUGAUGCCUGGGUGGAGAUGGAAGGUGUGGAGCUUCUGCAUGUGGGCAAUAAUCGACUAAACAAUGAGUUUAUCUUCAACCAACGAUGUGAUUACAAAGGCACCAUGCAAAACCUUCACACUUUCAACAUAAGCACCAAUGAGUUAACAAGCUUAAAAGACUUGUCCAGUCUAACAAGGGAGUUCCAGAAGCUGCGCGUGUUGGAUUUCAGCUACAAUAAACUGGGAUCAGCUAAAGAAAGCAGAGACUGCGUUUGGCAGCAAAAUAUCAUUCGUCUUAUCGCUCACCACAAUCAGUUUGAAAGUGAAGCCCUCAAUUGUCUCCCUACUACAGUGGACUACUUGGAUCUGUCUUACUGUGGCCUGGACCAACUGGACAUGACGUACUUCAAGAAAGCCACCAACCUCAAAUAUCUCCUACUGAGUGGGAAUAAAAUUAAGUUCAUCCCUUCUAAGUGGGAAAGCCCAUCGCUGCAGUCCUUAGCUUUGGAUGGGAAUUCUUUUGGCCUCAUAAGUAAAGAAUCCUUUCAAGACAUGCCUCGAUUGUCUCAACUCAGGGCAGGAAACAAUCCUUACCAUUGCACUUGUGAGCUUCAUGCUUUUGUCCAGGACACAAUGUCAAAAGGAAAGGUCAAUCUUACAGACUGGCCUUUGAACUACAAGUGUUACCACCCAGAGGCCUUGCUCAACACAGUGAUAUCAAAAUACCUUCCAGGUCAAGUAGCGUGUGACAUCAGGCUAGUUAUCAUCAUCUGUGUUGCAACCACUGCAGUGGUGAUCUUAAUAUUAAUGCUGAUUUGCUAUAUUUUUGACCUCCCAUGGUACACCAAGGCCACAUAUCAGAUCAUAAGGGCCAAAUACAGAGCUCACAAGGAAAAAGCAGCAGGAGAGAUAGAGACUUUCACCUAUCAUGCCUUCAUAUCCUAUAGCCACUCAGAUGCUGACUGGGUGAGGGACCAACUCUUGCCCUGUUUGGAGGACAACCGGAAUCCCUAUCGUCUGUGUAUUCACGAGAGGGAUUUCAUGCCCGGAAGGUGGAUCAUCGAUAACAUCAUAGAGAACAUUGAAAGCAGUCGAAAGGUAAUAUUUGUCCUCUCCCGGCACUUUGUUAACAGCGAGUGGUGCAACUAUGAGCUGUACUUUGCUCAGCAAAGAGCAAUGGGUAAGACCUUCAGUGAUGUCAUUCUAGUGGUGAAGGAGCCCAUUGAUCCAAACUCUUUACCCAGCAAGUACUGCAAGCUUAAGAAGAUGCUAAGUACCAAGACGUACCUGGAGUGGCCACAGCAGGUUAACCAGCAAGCAUUUUUCUGGUCGCAGCUGAGGAGUGUUCUAGGCAAGCCAACAAUAAUCCAGGAGGGACGGCAAAGUGUUAAGAGCAGAACCUCAUCAGUGGGUGGAGUUUCUUUGAUAGAAAAUGGGAUACCAGAUUUAAAUAAACCCAAUGUGAACAAUGAAACCGAGGCCAAAAAUGAUAUUAUUGGGAAUGAUGAUGAUCUGCUCAAUCAAAGACAAAUACCUGUGGUGGUAUCUUGACCAAAAGACCAAAAACAACAGUACAUUCCUCCAGUGUUGUCUCAGUGAAGGUCUGUCUUACAGUAACUUAAAAUUUUUGCAGGAGUGUUUUGCCAACCUCAGAGCAAAAACCAACAUCUCAUUAUGAUGAAAGGGAACAACACAAUCCCUCCCUACCCAUGGCAUUUUGUUAUGGUAUCCUCAAGGGCUGAGCUGAUGCCCUCUGCUCCACUUUCUCCCUGAGUGUUUCAGGCCGGGUGCCCAACUGACAGGCGCUGAAAGGCUGGCUCAAAUGAGAUCUCCCAUGUCGCACUCUGGAUAACAAGCAAGGUCCCUAAAAGAUGUGAUGACAGGUGCUACUGUGGAAGGACAACACUCUGUUAUUCUCUUGGUCCUCAGAUAGGAUCAUGAAUGUUCCAUGACCGAGUCAAAGGCCACACUGGCUAUAUAGGAGCAAAGCAAGGGUUAACAAAUGUUAGAUUGCUCCAGCAAUUUGUUUUUGUAUGUGCCCUUAACAAGCUUACAUGGCCAGGCAGUCACCAAGUUGACUGCAGCCAAAUCUUUAAUUAUCUGUGACUGUGAUGCUUAUACUUAUAAGUCAGUGCUUACAAUAGGCCAAUAACAGAAUUUCCUAUGUUUUUCUUAUUUUCUUUUUUCCAUAAACCCCUUUUGACAUGAGCACAUAACCCAUCUCACAAGUUUGUGAAAAAUUAUACAUGGGAUUUGCAUGGAGACAUAUGUGACCACUAGGGGGCAGGAAACACGCCACACUGCACUGACUAGAUGGGUUUACAUGGAGACUAUUUUCAGUGAAUCAGAAUGAAGUCAGGCUCCAUUCUGUCUGAGAAUACUCUGUAUUUAUGUAAAUGCGCAGUGACGUUCGAGUGACAUUUUCUCAACUGGUCUAUGGCACCUUCAAUCAAUGAAAUCUUCAAUCAGAAUGCAUUUACAUGACUUUCAAUUGGUUUUGGAAAAAUAAUAUUCUACCUAUAUGAAACCAAAUGGAAUUUCAUUCCAUUUGGGCCUGUUUAUUCCGAUUGAGGUAUUUAUAUGGAGCAUUUUCAUUUGAUCUGGGUUUCUAAACUGAUUUUAACUGUAAUAUUUGGCUCCAUGUAAAUCCUUCUUCUAGUUCUUUAUCUUGUAAACAGUACAUAAAAAGAAAUGUUUAAAACUUGAAAAUCACUGCUAGAUGUGAAGACCUGUUCCCUCUGAUUUGUGUUUGAAAUGUGUUUUUUUGUGUGUGUAAAAAGUAUUUACAUUCAUGAUUAAUAUUGCCACUGAAUAUGUCAACUGUAAUAUGUAACAAAUGUUUUUUUUCCUUCAUAUAAGGCAAACAAUAAUUCAUCAUUCUUACUACAGUAUCGUUGUGUACUUGAAUGAAACUGCUUUAGUCACAAUUGAUCAAAAACGUCUUCACUGUCAACAACUCAUUGGAUGAUUGAGUUUCUCACAUGAAAGGUUCUUUUUAAAACAAAUAAAUAAAAAUAAAUGUGUCUGGUCUGA